UCUCUCUCUUGCAGGGGGCCGAGCAGUCGCAAGCGCGGAGAAGGGGUGACCCCGCGGUUGAGCAUCCCUAAUCUGAAAGUCUGAAAUACUCCAAAAUUCAAAACUUUUUGAGUGCCAACAUGAUGCCUCAAGUGGGAAAUUCCACACUUAAUCUUAUAUGACAGCUUGCAGUCAAGACACAGGUAUACAACUCAGCUUAUUCAGCUUCCCCAAGGAAAAUAAGACCCUCCUUGUCUUCAGCUGCAAUAUACCUUUUCUCCACACACCCAGAUUCUCUCACAGAAGCACACCCUCAGAGGGUUAUAAAAUGACGUGUGCAGGCCCAUUGUGCCAACAGCAGAUUCCCCAGCAUGUUCCACAUGGGGCCAAGACAUAAAUGCGUUGUUAGCAGUAGUUUUUUGCAUAUUAUUUGCUCUACAGUGUAAAAAUAUUAUUGAAAAUGUCAAAAAGGCCUGCAGAUGUCCCUGUGAGUAACAAUGAUAAGAAAAAGAGGAAGCAUUUAUGUUUAUCUAUAGCACAGAAAGUCAAGCUAUUGGAAAAACUGGACAGUGGUAUUAGUGUGAAACAACUUACAGAAGAGUAUGGUGUUGGAAUGACCACCAUAUAUGACCUGAAGAAACAGAAGGAUAAACUGCUGAAGUUCUAUGCUGAAAGUGAUGAACCAAAGUUAAUGAAAAAUAGAAAAACAUUGCAUAAAGCUAAGAAUGAAGAUCUUGAUCGUGUGUUGAAAGAGUGGAUCCGUCAGCGUCGCAAUGAACACAUGCCACUGAAUGGUAUGCUGAUCAUGAAACAAGCAAAGAUCUAUCAUAAUGAAUUGAAAAUUCAAGGAAACUGUGAAUAUUCAACAGGCUGGUUGCAGAAAUUUAAGAAAAGACAUGGUAUUACAUUUUUAAAGAUUUGUGGUGAUAAAACAGCUGCUAAUAACAAAGCAACAGAGAAAUUUAUUGAAAAAGUGGAUAUCAAAAAAGUUUUUCAUAUCAAUAAUCAAGCUCCAGUUGUUCAUUCAUUGACCAAUGGUGAAAUACCUGAAAUGGUUCUGCAUCAAGGUGAAUGUGAUAAUAGUGAUGACAAAGGGGAUGUGAACACUGCAGAGAAAGUGCCUGUGGAAAACAUGGUCAGACUGUGUGAUGGGCUUAUUAAAGGUCUAGAGCAGCGUUCAUUCAUAACAGAACAAGAAAUCAUGUCAGUUUAUAAAAUCAAAGAGAGACUUCUUAGACAAAAACUGCUGCUAAUGAGGCAGACAACCCUGGAGAAAACUUUAAAAAAAGCAACCCAGCACAAUGCCUCCUCAUCCCUAGAGGAGCCACUGCCUGGUCCCUCAACAGCUUCUGAUGAUUCUUCUCACCUAAAUAAAUAAAAUAGUGUACAACAGCCUUUUAAUCAAACAAUGUUGCAGGUGGGAACUGAAAGCUGCUAUUGUUUAACAGCUGGUACCACUGUACUGCUUAGUUACCUUGAACAUAUUACUUCUUCACUAUAUUAAUUGUAUGUACUGUUUUUUCCUGUUAAGCACUUAUGUGUGAAUGAAUAUAUUAAAAUGAUUGCUCUCUAGUA